AUGGAUGAGAAUUCAAACUAUGCAGACGACUUAAGCGGAUUCGAUUAUAUCUUAAACGAAGAAAUUAAUAAAGAAAAAAGUGUAAGAGAGAAAAAUAAAUUUGAUAUAUACGACGAGUAUGAAUUACUAUUAAAUAAAAAAAAGAAAAGAAGAAAUGAAAAUAUAAAUAAUAAUCUUUAUAAUAAUAAAAGGAGUAAUUAUGGAUAUAACCAAGUUCUACAUUUAAAUAAUUUCCAUAAAGAUAUAAUAGAUAAUAAUUUUUCAAGCAAUUAUAUUUUUAAUAAUUAUAUGUUUUUAAGAGAAUAUGUAUAUAAGAAUAAUUUAUUAGGUGAUGAUAUAUUUUUUAAAAAAGAACAAAUAAGUAUACAAAAAAAAAAAGAAAUAAAAAAAUUAUUAAAUAGUAAUGAAGAUAUUAACGAUUUUAUUAAAAUAUAUGAUUGUAAUCAUAAUUAUCCUCCUAUGUAUAUUCAAAAAAGAAAAGAAGAUGGAAUAAAUUAUAUAAAUGAUCAGCAUGUAAAUGAUUAUAUAGAAAAUAAAUAUGAGGAACACAACAUGUCAGGUCGUCAUAAUUUAAUAAGCAAAAAUAAUAAAGAUUUUAGAAAAUUAUUAGAACAAUUGUUAGCACAAAUUAAAGAAGAAGAUAAAAUUAUUAGUGAAAUAAAAAGAAGAAAGGAACAACAAAUGAAGGAGGAACAAAAAAUGAAGGAGGAACAACAAAUGAUGGGGGAAAAACAAACAGACAAUUAUCAGAACAAUAUAAAUUUUGUAGAAAAAUAUCGAGCUAAAUAUUUCUCAGAAUUAUUAACAGAUGAAUCAAUAAAUCUUGAAGUAUUAUCAUGGUUAAAGAAAUGGAAUGAUAAAAUAAAAAAUGAGAAGAAUAUGAAUUCAAAUAAUAAUAUGAAAUCAGAACAAGAAAAAAAUAAUGAUUUUGAAAGAGUUCUAUUAUUAGGUGGUUCAUCAGGAAAAGGUAAAACAACUUUAGCAUAUGUUAUUGCGAAUCAUUUUAAAUUUAAUGUUAUAGAAAUUAAUGGUAGUGAUGAUAGAAAUAAAGAAACACUCAUACCAUUUAUAGAAUCGGUUGUAUGUAUUAAUUCUGUCAUAUCUAAACCAAAUUUAUGUAUUAUAGAUGAAAUUGAUGGAUUAUCUAGUACCCAACAAAAUAUUGAUAGUAUAAUGAAAUUCUUAAAUAAAAAAGAUAAAAAAAAUAAAAGCAUUAUAAAAAGACCUAUCAUUUGUAUAUGUAAUGAUAUUUAUCAUAAAAGUUUAAAGGAAUUAAGAAAAAUUAGUAAAGUCAUUAUUGUUGAAAAUAUUAAUAUAGAAAUGCUAAAGACACGUAUCAAUUAUAUAUGUGAUAAGGAAAAUAUUAAAAUUAAUAAUGAAGCUAUAAAUAAGUUAAUCGAUAUAUGUAAAAGUGAUAUAAGAUCGAUAUUAAAUACUAUAUAUUUUUUAAGUAUAGGUUCAAGAAAUACUACACAUUUAAAAAAUAAUAAUAUAUAUAAUAAUACAUCUAAUAAUACAUCAAAUAAUACAUAUAAUAAUACAUCAAAUAAUACAUAUAAUAAUACAUCAAAUAAUACAUAUAAUAACACAUCCAAUAUUAAUAACAAGGGUGUCAUUAUAAAUAUGGAACUAUUAAAUUCUUAUUUAUUUUAUAAAGAUGCUAAUAAUAAUUAUAUAGAACUAUUAAAUAUGAUAUAUGUAAAAAAUAAAAAUAAAAAAAUUACAAGCAAAUUAUUACAAGAUUGUCAUGAUUUUUUUUAUAUUAAUUUAGCUAAUGAAUAUAAUUAUUCACAAUCAUAUUAUUAUAUAUAUGAUAAUUUAUUAAGUAUACCAUUUAAUGAUUUUGAUUUUAGUAAAUUAAGUUAUUGUUUAGAUUUCUUAUCUUUUUGUGAUCAUUUGGAAUAUCAACAAAAAAAUAUUUUAAAUUAUUCUUUACAAAAAACAUUAUAUUAUGUUGUAUAUUUAUUUAUUAUAACUAUUCAUUUAAAUACAAAUUCUCAUAUUCAAUAUAUAUUAAUUAAUAAUAGUCAUACUAAUUAUUUCCAAAGAAAAAAAAAUCAAGUACAAAAAAUUAAAGAUAAUUUUGUAAAUGAACAAUUCGGUGUUAUAACAUAUAAAUAUAUAUAUUCUAAACAUUUCUUUUCAGAAAUUAUUAAUUAUCUAUUUUCUUUUUUCUAUAUGAAUGAAUUCUUUUUUAAAAAUGUUCAUUUGUGGGGAAAAUAUUCUUAUUAUAAUGAUCUAGACAUACCAAAAUAUAUAUUAGUACCAUAUGAAUAUAAAAAUAUUAAUAAAUUUAAAACUUUUUGUAUCAAACUUUUAUAUAUUAUGACUUUAUUUAAUAUAUCUUUUACAAACAUAUCCAUAUCAGCUACUUCUGCAAAUGGUUUCUCAAAUAAUAAUUUCAUCAACAAUAUAAAUAAAAAUAUAAAUCACAAUAAAGAUUAUGAUCAAUAUCAAUAUCAAGAUCAAGAUAUUAAUCAUAAUAAUAAUAAUACUGAUUCAUAUAUGAAUACACAACACAAUGAAAAACAUAAUAAUUAUAAAAAUCCUUCAACUCAUAAGUUAUAUAUAUUUGACCCUUUCGUAGAUGAUAUUCUAAUUUUUGCAGAUAAAAAAGUUCAUCUUUUUUCAAAUUUUCAAAAUAUAUAUAAUAAAUAUAUGUCACCCAAUAUUAUUACUAACACAUUUCAUUUCAAAACACUAACGAAUUUUCUAAAUACUCAAGUAUGUGAAGCAUUAAACGAAUUAAAAAAGUGGGUUAAUAAUACAUCUCUUCAAUUUAAUAACAAAAAAAAUUCUAUGGAUAAUAUGCAAAUUAUGAAAACAUCCAAAAAAAAUAAUCAUAAUAAAGCAACAUUCGAAGUUACAUAUAGUCCAAAUUUUAAUAUAUCAUUAACUGAUAUGAUUUUAAUCGCAUAUCAAAAUUCUUAUAAGAAAUCUUUUCAAACUUAUUUUGAAAACGAACAAAAUAAUCAAAAAAAUUUAAAACUUGUAAAUAAAGAUGAUCAAGAAAAACAAUUCAAUGUAGAACAUAAUAUUCUAAAAACAAAAGUUCUAUUUAAUAAACAACAUACUAAUCUAACCAUCUCUGAUAUAGUCACACAAGAAAAACAAUACAUGAAAGAAACCAUAAAUAAAGAUAUACAAAUCUAUUUUGCAGGUAGAUAUGUAAAGACAAAAGGAUCAUACAAAAAUAUUGAAGAACGAUGUAAUGCGGUCUUACAACCAUUAAACUUUUAUAUAUAUCAAAUUGAUUAA